AUGUUCAAAUUUGUCAUUGUCUUUGCUGCCUGUUUGGCCUAUGCCAGUGCUGUUGUUGUGGCUCCCACAACUUUCGCUGCCGCUGCGGCACCCGCUGUCGCUUAUGCCAAUGCUCCUCUUUAUGCCGCUGGUGGUAGCAGCCAGGUUGAUGUACGUCACAACUACGAUGGUACCUUGUCUUCAUACACCACCACACCUUUCGCCUAUGCUGGUCCCUACUCUAGCCGUUAUGUAGCUGGUCCAGCUGCUUAUGCUGCCCCAACUGCCUUUGCUGCCCCAGCUAAGUUUGUUGCUCCAGCUAAUUAUGCUUCUCCUGUCGCUUUUGCUGCUCCAGCUAAAUAUGUUUCUCCCGCUGGUGUUGUAGCUCCCUAUGCUAACGCUUAUGCCACUCCCUAUGCUGCUUCAUACGCCGCUCCCUAUGCCACCUACCCAGCCGGUGUUGCUGCUACAUAUGCUGCCCCAGCUGUUGCCGCCCCUGCCCAAGUUGUAGCUUAAGAGCUUGUAAAGCCAAUUAUUUU